CAUAGGUUAAGAUACUAUUUUGAUUGAUUUUGAUGUCGAAGACGAGAAGGUGAUUAACUCUACAGUUUCAAAAAUGCAGACAUACAGAUCCAUAAUGAGAGCGUUGCUCACACCACGUUCAUUGCUACAGUCUGUACCGGUAGCAGGGGUUAAAUCUUUCGCUCCUCCGCCAUCGUUUGAAAAUGUUGAGUAUCCUGAACGUCAAAAACUUAGAAUCAUACCAAAAGUACCGGUAUACCCACCAGGCCUACGUCCCUUUAAAAUGCAAAAGAAAUUGAGUUUGUUACGGGGCCCUGAAGAGUAUCACAAUACACUUUUACACAAGCAGUAUGGUGUAAUAGCAUUGGGAGGAGGUAGACUGAAGUUCGAACAUUUAGAGAUGAUUCGUUUUAUGGUUCUCAGAAAAGUUAUACCUGUUCAUAAAGAAGCAUUUGCGAUCUGGAGAAUCCCAGACCUUUGGCAGCCAAUUACCAAAAAGAGCCAAGGAGUUCGUAUGGGAGGUGGAAAAGGUAAUAUCCAUCAUUAUGUGACACCUGUGAAAGCAGGACAAGUUAUUCUUGAAGUAGGAGGACCCAUUGAAUAUUUUGAGGUGAAGAAGGCCCUCCAGUUGAUGGCGAAAAAUCUACCGUUCGCUGCUCGGGCGGUUAGUCAAGAUAUAAUGAAUAAAAUCGAAAUGGAGAAGAAAAUGCUCAAGGAGGAGAAUUUGAAUCCAUGGACUUGGAAAUAUGUUAUUCAAAACAAUAUCCUUGGCUGUCACCGAUGGAUAUCGAAAUACGAUAGGCGAUGGUUCAACGAAUACAUUUAA